GCGGGCCGGGCCCCGCCUGCGGGAAGGCGGCCCUAAGUCCAGCGGGGACCCAGACCCCGCCUGGGUGGAAGGGGCUGCCCGGAGGAGGGGCGGGCGUCCCCGUGUCUCCUCCCCUUUGGGGACUUCAGAGUGGCGGAGGGGUGAGGGGUGGGGGCCCCUGGAUUGGGCUCCUUCUGUAGGGCCCAGCCCCUCCUGCUCCUGACCACAGCGCCGGCCCUGGCGGGCUUCUUGGGCCCGCAUUCCGAUGCGCAGCUCCGCGGGAGAAGGGGGAGCCUGGCUGGCUGCCCGGGGCCCUGGGCUGAGGGGUCAUGGGGCGGCCACCUGGCAUGGGGGGUGCACUCUGAGAUGAGCCCGGCCUGGAGUGAGGAUGCAGAGAGGCGGGCACCCGCUGGGAUUCACAAGGCGGCCCAGAGUGGCUGCCGGCACCGGGACAGCUACGCACGGUCACUCCCACUCAGCCCGGUCCCCUCAGCGGCCAGGUCCGAGGGGCACGAGGCACAGGGAGCAGCCUGGGUCCCGACGGCCGCUCCGGCUUCCUCGGUGGCUCCAGCACGGCCCUGGCUGGAAGCCGAGUGGGCACAGACAUCAGCCUGGAGGAGUCUCCAGCCAGGGGUGAGCCGGCACGGUAGGAGAUGUUUGCAUCCCACAUAGGAGGGGCCUGGGGCCGAGUGUUCACCCCGUGCCCUGGCCCCGAGGGUAGGGGCCGCAGCAGGCCCGGCAGGCCAGAAGCUGUUUCCCAGAAGGUGGCCUCAGUCCCCUGCGCUGGAUGGGCCAAGAGGGCCUGGCUUCGGAGUGGGAAGGUUCAGACUCCCGGGACCCCUCUCUGCUACCGGCGGCACCCGGAGCAGGUGGAGCAGCUGUUUUCUGGCCUUGUGUCAGCCGCACUCAGGGAAGGGUGGGCUCCACGGGGUCUUGUGGGGAAGCUGGAGCUCCCGAAGUGGACAGAGGUCGACCUGGGAGGGCAGGGGCGGGGCAGGUGCGGCACAUGCAGCCGCUGUACCCAAAAAGCCAGCCCCUCCCCACCCAUGGAUUCUCCCCACGCUCUCUGGUGCCUCGCAGCCCCAUGCCCACCGACAUGCACCCUGGAGUGUACAGAGCAGCCGCUGAUGGGGAGUGGGGGCUGGGUGCCCUGGCAUCCCACCCAGGGUCACUGGACGUUUCCAGGGGUCUCCUGUUGAUCGACUUUGCUGUGCUGGCUCAAGCCUCCAGCCCCCAGCCCCCAGCGGACCCAGGGCUUCAGGAGGAAGUCAGGGGAAAAUGCACCAUCUCAGCCAGGCAGCCAGAGCCCACUCAGAUGUGCCCAGGAGACUGCGGGUAUCAGGAGCGGGAGACGGGGACAGGAGGAGAAGAAAGGGGGAGUCAGAGAACAGAGACAGAGACAGAGAGAUAAAGAGACAGACACGGAGAGAGACACAGAGAGGGAGAGACAGAGAAAAAGACAGAGAGGGAGACAGGGAGAGAGACCAAGAGAGGAGAGGCAGGCACGGAGAGAGGGAGAGACAGCAACCAAGGCCGAGACACAGGGAACAGAGAGGAGAGAGCCAAGACCCGGAGAGCCCCAAGCAGAGCUAGAGAGAGCUGACGCUGGGUAGAAGUGGAGGUGGCGGUGGGUGGCAGCUGAGGGAGGGACACAAAGCGAUGGUGGGCUGGGGUCUGGGAGGGCUGUGUCUGGGUCCGUGUGUCCAGGCAGGUGUCUCUGGAGUGGGUCGGGUCCCCUGGGCUCUGGCCUCUGCUGGCAUGACCUUAGAGGGACGCUGGUUGUUCCAGGCCAUGUCAUUCCUCAGGGUCCCCAGAAGCAGGGCAGGCUGAGGGGACCAUGUCCAGGCCCCAAGGACGGUGGGGACAGGGCCAGCAGUGUCAGGGACUGAGUGGCCCGGACAGGAUGCAGCAGCUGCACCCUCCAGAGACCGGGAGAGGCCAGGGAGAGUGAGGCCCAGGAGAGGGGGAAGUGUAAGCACCUCCGCAGCUUCCGUGUGGGGCCCACAGCUGGCAGCUGGGGUGCAGGGCUCGCCGGUGAGGCCUAUGGAGGGCUGGCCCGACCUUGCUGCCAGGUACCAACCUGCACUCCUGCCUUGGUCUAAGCCCCUCAGAGAACAGCAAGUGGCACGGAUUGAGGCCACACAGUUGCCCACAAGAACAGCCCUUUCCAUAGCCCACCAGCUGCUCUGCUCUGGAGGCCCCACCACACUGGACCCCCCCGGACCCCACAUCCACACCUUCCCUACAGAGCCCUCCUCCAUGGAGCCUUUGGGGGUGGGGGAACCCUGCCCUCAGGCAUGGCCACCUUUCAGAACACAUGCUGCCUCCAGCCUCCCCUGGGCUGUGGCACCCCCAGGCAUCUUGGGGGUUGGUUAGAGAAGAGGCGCUGAGCUGCCCUGUCCAAGGCCUCUUUGCAGAUGGCGACUGGGUCCUUUUGGAGUCUCCAGCCCCCUAGGUAGUUCCCAGAGGAGCAGUUCGCCUGCACCUCCCGUCAGGCAGCCAUCUGGACAGGUCCGGGCCCAGGGAGCAGAAGGGAGACUGGCCCCGCUGUGCUCCGCGCUGACCCGCCCUUGGCUUGCAUAAGCUUCCAGCCACCCUGUGUUGGGCAGCUCACACCUGGGCCUUCCUGAGGGCCCACUAGGCUGUCUCAAUACAUUGCACACCCCUACCCCCUACAGCUCACACAGUGGCUUGCAGGUGUCCACCUGGUUGCUGAAUGCUGGGUGUUUGCUUCUAUCAUUCCUGCUGUUGCUUCUCAGCAUUGGCACCCACUGCCCUUUUUUCUCAGGAAUGGUGUUUUCAGGGUUCAGGGCCUCACCUCAGACAUGUCAGGGCCUCCUGGGCUCCCCCAGCAGCCACUCCCAUCCUCAGGUGUUACUUCCUGGAGAGCUGCUGCCCAGCAUCACGGCGGUCCUGGGGCUGGGUGUGCCUGGGCAUUUGUCUCUGGAGCGGACACCUCAGAACCGGGUUUCGGCCAGACCGUGUGGAAGCCAGGCUCUGGUGUGCAGCCCAGCCCCGGAGAACGCUUUCCCGGCAGAGUGGCCCUGGCCCUCAGGCCAAGUCCGGCGUGACCUCAGCCUCAGAAUGACCUGGAGCCUCAGUGCAGCAACUGGCACUUCAGGCCAAACUCUGAGUGUCUCACAACCUGGGGCAGGGCCUGGGGUCCCCUUCCUGGGCCCAGAGGGAAGGAUCCCACACCGUUUGCAGACGGUCCCCCAAGCCCCGAGGGUCACUCCUCUGACCCGGGAGGUUCCUUUGCUCACACAACUCAUGUUCCCGCCGUUACAUGCAUGCUCCUCUGAGCACACGCGUGUUCCUGAGUGCCUUUGCUGUGGGCACACAGCCUCGUGGGCUGGGCACACGUGUUGCCGCUGCAUGCACAGACCCCCACACCCCUGGCUGGAGGGACCUAGCUUCCAGUGGCAUCGCUCUCCCCAACGCACCCCUGGGCCCCACAGGACGAGGAGCACAUGCUUCCUCCACUUCCAUGCCGGGAGCUUGCUGCCCUUCCCGCUGUGGAUGGCUAGGAUGAGAACCAGUCUGCUCUUGCUGCCCCGCAGGGUCAGGGCUUUGAUCUGGGCCUGCAGGGCCCUCUGGGUGACGCCCCUGUCCCUGCGGAGGAUGUUCCUACCCUGUGCUCUUCGCUUGACUGAGGAGACCCCUGGAGUCCCGGCUCUGUCAAGUGUGCAGGGGCUGCUGCGGACUAGGGCGAGCCCACAGCCCCUCUCUCCUCAGUGGCCAGGUGGUGUUCUGGCCACAGGUGGCUGGGAGCAUGGCGCCCUCCUUUCCAUCUCACUGAAGGUGGCCCUGGCUCCCCACACCCAGAGCCAUCUGCAGCCCUAGGGGAGGGGAGAGUUGCCGAGACUGCCCUCCGUGGGGUUGGGGGGCACACAGGCAGCCCCCCAUUGGGGAGGAGGGAGGGGCCUCCUUGGAGAUCCAGGGGGUCCCCAGCACCAGGAGCAGAACCAACCGCAUCUAUGGGGAGGGGCUGCUGAGACAGGAGCAGGAGAUGGCAGGGGAGGGGCUCCUCCUGGGCAGAAAGGCCCCUCCCUGCGGCUGGUGAUCCCGCGGUGUGCUCCUCCGUCCUGUAAAGUGCUGGUGCCCACUCCCCUCCUCAGUUUUCUCCUGGACACAGCUGCUGACACCUUCACUGCUCCAGAGCACCCUUAAUCUCAGACCCAGGACCUUGGACCUGGCCCCGGGGUCCCGUCCAGGGGAUGGCUCCAUACGACACCAGGCCCCCAAUCCUUACAGGCCAGCCCAACCUCGCUGGUUCCCACCUUCCUGGGCAGCAGGAGGCUGUUCCGUAGUUCCGUGGCCUUACCAUGACCACAGGCUUCCUGGGCUGGUGGCUCACAGGAGGGCUGGAGGAGCGUGGGGUGGAGAGGUGUACUGAUCUAGAAACUAAAACCCCGGGGCCUGACAUCAGAAACUCAGAGGCCUGGAGGGCAGAAGGCCAAAAUCCCAGCCUCCCUCUGGAGGCUCCGGGGAGGGCCCUCCCCUGCCCCUUCCUGCGUCUGGCAGCCCCGAAACCCCUGGUGUUUCUUGGCUUGUGGCCGCGCCACUCGCAGCUUCCUCCACUUCUGUAUGCCCGACACUCUCACUGGACUUGAGGCCCCUCAAAUCCAGGAUGGCCUCAUCCCCAUCCUUACCAUAAUUACAUCAACAAAGAUAUUUCCAAAUGAGAUCACAUUCGAAGCUCCAGGCGACGUGAAUUUGAGGGGGACAAUAUUCAGCCACUACAGAAGGCAGACACACUCACGGAGAUGAGAAACGCAGGUGGGCAGGGGCUCAGUGAGGCCCAAGCGUGCUGGCUGAGGGCACGACUAGGCGGGAUUCCAAGACAUCCAGUGCCUGGAAGUGACGGCAGCCCAGCCGGCUGCCCACGGAGCUGCAAUGGCCUGCCAGGGAAUGGCCCUGCUGGGGCCGCGGCCGCAUCCAGGCAGCCUUGGCUAGGCCCGGGAGUGUGACUGCAGGUCGUGGACCAGGCACUGGGCAGGAGGUCAGCUGCAGGGUGACUGUUUCUCCCCACCUCUGCCGCGCAGCAUCCUGCCCACCCCUCCCUUCGCCAGGCUGGAGGCUUCCUGGAAGGCAGGAUGCCAGGGGCUGGGCUGGGUUUGGAGCCAGAGGUGGGGUGACAGCCCCCUCUCCUCUCAAGGAAGAUGGGAGCCUCCCCUCCCUGCUCCCCCCAUGUCAGCUCCUGGCCCCCAUUCUCCGUGGGGGCUUCCCACUCCUCCAGGGACCCCCCGGGGUGGGGUCUCUUCUCCUUCUGGGGUCCUCGUGUGCCUGGUGGGCUAGGGGGCUGCACCCAUGCAUGCCUUCGGGGGUUCCUGGGCCAGUCCCUGGCGCAGGGAGGCUGCAGCCUGCCCGGGAGCCGCCGGGACCCCCGCCCUGACCCCCGCCUCCC